GCGCGCGUACUUAUUCCUCCCCGCCCUAGCUCUCCAUCCCCCCUCUCUAGUCUCUUCUCCUCCACACACCAACCCGGCCGGCCGCAGGGCGCGCGCGCGCGUAUGAGCGAGGCAGCAGCGCGCAGAAGCAAACAAUAAGUGGGGAGCUAGCUAGAGGGAGCUCAGAGACCACACAGGCAGGGAGUGGUGGGAGGAGGAGGAAGAGGAGUCAAGAGAGCGAGCUCAUUCCAUACGUGCGUGCGGCGACGUCGGAUGUCGGCGUCAGGCGCCGCGUGCCGCGUGUGCGGUGGCGUGGGGGAGUGCGCGUGCCAUGGGCACGGGAUCGGCGGCGGCCGGUGCGGGGUCGCUGUCGCCGACCUCAACCGCGGGUUCCCCGGGAUGUGGCACCAGGCGGCGGAGGAGGAGCACGGCGGCGUCGUCGUCGGCGGGGGCGCGGCGGCGGCGGGGCUGCACGAGUUCCAGUUCUUCGGCCACGAGGAGGACCACGAGAGCGUGACGUGGCUGUUCAACGACCCGGCGCCCCACCUGCAGCGCGGGCCGGCGGCGGCGGCGGCCGCGGCCGGGAACGGGGUGGCCGAGGCCGAGCAGCGGAGGGCGCCGCCUCUGUUCGACGGCUACGCGCACGUGCAGUACGGCCAGAUGCCGGGCCACGGGCUCACGUUCGACGUGCCGCUGAGCCGGGGCGGCGAGGCGGCGCUCCUGGAGCCCGGGCUGGGGCUCGGCGGCGGCGGCAGCAACCCGGCGACGUCCAGCGCCACAAUCAUGCCCUUCUGCGGCGGGAGCACGUUCACUGACGCGGCGAGCUCCGUCGUCCCGGGCGAUGUCGCGGCGGUGGCGAACGGGAGCUCGAGCGGCGGCGGCGGGGACCCGGCGAUGGACCGGGAGGCGAAGGUGAUGCGGUACAAGGAGAAGCGGAAGCGGAGGCGCUACGAGAAGCAGAUCCGGUACGCCUCGCGCAAGGCCUACGCCGAGAUGCGGCCGCGCGUCAAGGGCCGGUUCGCCAAGGUGCCCGACGGCGAGGCGCCGCCGGCGCCACCGGCGGCGGCGGGCUAUGAGCCCGGCCGGCGGCUCGACCUCGGAUGGUUCCGUUCAUAGCCAAGAUCGAUGUACCUGACGUACAUUUUAUAAUGCCGGCCGGAGCAUUAGCUAGCACAUAGGCCAUUGGUUAAUUUAAGGUACGCACGAAAAUGUAUAUGCGAUCGUCGUACACAUGACUAGUAGCGCUGAAGCGGUGAAGCCUCGUAUUAAUUGAUACUUAAUUACGAGUUCAGUACAGCAACAAUUGCAAUCAUCCAUGUUGAGAUGCUUGAUUGAUGUCAAGGACUUUUUUGCUGGAACAAGCACGUUGCCUAAUAA